AUGGAAUGGGUCCGAGGUGAAAAAUUGGGUCAUGGAAGUUUUGGGACGGUGAAUUUGGCAAUACCAAGAAGCCAGAAUGCUCAAAUUCCACCAUUGAUGGCCGUGAAGUCUUGUGGAGUUUCUCGCUCCGAUUCACUUGUGAAUGAGAAAUUUAUAUUGGAUGAGCUUAGAGAUUGUCCGGAAAUCAUUCGUUGUUUAGGAGAAAGUUUUAGUUAUGAAAAUGGAGAAAAAUUGUAUAACGUAUUGCUGGAGUAUGCCGCCGCCGGCGCCUUAGCUGAUAGGCUAAAGUGUGAUGAACGGUUGCCGGAGUUUGAAGUCCGGAAAUACACAAAGGAUUUACUCAAAGGGCUGAAUUAUAUACACAAAUUUGGUUAUGUUCAUUGUGAUAUUAAGCCUCAAAACAUUCUUUUGGACAAAAAUGGUGGAGCAAAAAUCGCCGAUUUUGGGUUGGCAAAGAGAGCUGGAAGGGAAAAAAUGGGUGUUUUUGGGUGUGAAUUGAAGGGUACAGUUCUUUAUAUGUCACCGGAGAUGGUCUCGGGAGGCGAACAGGGCCCCCCGGCGGACAUAUGGGCACUUGGGUGUGUGGUGUCGGAGAUGGUCACAGGAGCUCCGGCAUGGAGGUGCUCCGAUGUGACGGGGCUGCUAAUGAGAAUUGGUGGUAGCGCGGAGGUGCCUGAAAUCCCCGGAAACUUAUCUGACGAAGGGAAAGAUUUUCUUGAAAGAUGCUUUGAUAAAAACCCAAGUACAAGAUGGACGGCUGAAAUGCUACUAAAUCAUCCAUUUAUUGAUGAUAAUCAAGAUUUUGAUGACAAAGUUACAAAAAAUGAUGGACAAAAAAAUGUUGUCUCAACCUCUCCAAGAUGUCCAUUUGAAUUUCCUGAUUGGCCGUCAUCAGGUACAUGUUCAAUUACAUCUUUGCCCUCACCGGAAUAUACUCUGGAAUCCGGCUCUAGGUUGCGGCCGGAGCCGAAUGCGACAAUUUCACCAGCGAGGCGGCUGCGCGAACUAGUGACCAUCGAUCAAAAUCCUGACUGGGAUGAAGAUGAUUGGAUGACCGUUAGAUUAUAA